GUUGAAGCUCACCUGUGACAAAGCAGUGGAGAAGAUGGCUAUUGUCCUGUGGUAGCAGUCGGAGUCUUAUGCCCAACCUCGCUACUAAAAAUUAGAAGCCUGUUAAACAUCUUGGCGUGAUAGUCUUUUCACGGUCAUAGUUGGAGGUAGGUCAAAGCCGAUGUGAUGGUUGCUCCGAAGUUGCAAGAUCGUCAAGAGGAUGAUCUUCCUGACAAGGAUGUCGCUAAAGAAUUCUACGCGAAGUAUGAGCCAAAAGAGAUCCUGGGAAGGGGGAUAAGUAGUACAGUAAGACGAUGCAUCGACAAGGAGACUGGUGAGGAGUUUGCUGCAAAGAUAAUCGAUAUCAGCUCAGAUACUGAUGGGUCAGGGCCAACAAGUCUCUACCAGGCAACGAAAAGAGAAAUCGAAGUGCUGAAGAGAGUGGCUGGUCACCCCUAUAUCAUUGAGCUGCACGAUGUGUUUGAAUCGACAACAUUUAUUUUCCUAGUGCUGGAGCUGUGUCGGCAUGGGGAACUCUUCGACUACCUCACAAGUGUUGUUGCCCUUUCGGAAAAAAAAACAAAGAGUAUCAUGAAGCAACUUCUUGAAGCUGUCGAGUUCAUACACUCAAAAGGCAUUGUUCAUCGAGACCUAAAACCAGAAAACAUUCUCUUGGAUGAUGACUUAAAUGUGAAGGUCACUGACUUUGGUUUUGCUACUCAGCUAGCAGAAGGUGAAACUUUAACAGAACUCUGUGGUACACCUGGUUACUUGGCACCUGAGCUGCUGAAGGCAUCAAUGUAUGAAAGCUCGGAGGGCUAUGACAAGCAGGUUGACAUCUGGGCUUGUGGAGUCAUCAUGUACACGCUGCUGGUGGGCUUCCCACCAUUCUGGCACAGAAAGCAGAUGGUGAUGCUUCGCAACAUCAUGGAAGGAAAGUACGAGUUUUGUAGUCCAGAGUGGGAUGAUAUCACUGAAGCCCCUAAGGACCUGAUCAGUAAACUGCUGGUUGUUGAUCCGAAAAAACGCCUUACUGCCUCUCAAGCUUUGGAUCAUUGCUUCUUCAAGGCUGUUAAACGUGCAUCAGUUUUCGUCACCGAAGAUGUGGGAAUACAAAAGCGCACCUUCAAUGCAAAGAAAACUUUUCAGUUUGGAAUCCUUUGUGUCAGAGCACUGGUGCGCAUUCGAAGGCUACGAUACACACCUGAGCCACUCUCUCUGAACAUCGCACGGACCAACCCAUAUCGCAUCAAGACAUUGCGAAAGGUGAUUGAUGGCUGUGCCUUCAGAGUUUACUGCCACUGGGUCAAGAAAGGAGAAAUGCAGAACCGUGCUGCCCUGUUUGAGAAUCACCCCAAGAUUGAGCUGCGACAGAUGUAUGAAGAGACACAAGUGGCUGCCUGAGCAGGAUCCCAUUUGCUGGCGCAGCCCAUUGUCCAAGCUGCUACAAGUACCUCUCCAUGCAGUGCAGUUGUGUGUGCUACACUCUGGGCCACUGUACAUAAGUCAAUGCCUCUGGAAAGGAGAUUUGACAUUGCCCAGGAAGUAUUGCAACAGCUGUUGCCCCCUAUUCCUUUUGUUUUCAAGGAUGCUUCUAGGACAGUUUGCAAAUGUUGGUAUCAAUUGGUAACAAUCAGUCUGGUAGUGCAUGUUGCUUUGAAAGGCCAUUUCCCCGAGUGUAAAGGCUCAAUUUUCUUGUGCAAGAUUAUGCACGAAAUGAGCUGUCCCACACGUCUGAACUAUCCAAUGUGGAGGGUGUACUAGGUAGGUUUUGGCACAGAAUGAAUCUGCACUCUUAUCAGUUGCUAAAAAAUAAAUGCUUUGGGAGCAUUUCCCUUUGGCAGAAAUAUUAAAAAAUGAGUCGGUAGCUAUAAUGUCACAAUUCAAAGAAUCUCGGGACUUAUUUUCCAUCAGUGACUUUCACCUCUGUGGAUAGAUACCUUCAGCUUAGUAUCCUAGCACCAGAAGGGCAUGUUUUGGAAAUUGCAUAAACAUCCUGCAUUAAAAUUCCAUUGACUGUUACAAUAACAAUUCUGUUGUCACUAACCUUGCGCUUGGCCAUACAAAGACAAAAUAUCUGGCAGGUCCCAGCAUGACACUAUUUUUUACCUGUGUGCAAUAUGGCCUAAGUAGACUAAGGGCAUUGUGAAAGGAUUUAUUUUGGCAUGUGUAUGGAGGACAUGGAAAGUGAACCAAAACUGUGCAGGCUUUCUUACAUUUGAGAGGCCUGUGUUUCGGAAUGUUCACAAGAUAUCUACACUGGAUAUGCAGCUCCUUUAAUGUGUGUUCGAAAGCAGACUGAAUAAAUAUGUGUUAAUGCAGUCUGG